UUAAACCCAUUCAAACCCAAAUCAAAAUAUGCCCUGUCACUCGCACCAGCGAAAGCAAAAAUCGAAUUGAAGGCAAAGAGCGCGGAGCGGAGCGUCGUAGUUCAGAGGCUCCCAUCCCAUACCCAUGAGAUCCUUCUCCUCUUCCCUCUUUCUCCUUCUCUUCUUCUUCUCUUCUUCACUCUCCAAUCCCCAAAAUGCCCCUCUCUCACUCAAAGGUGUUGAUAUUGAAAGGCCGGUUUUGGAGUUCUCCCCUUCCGUUCUUCCCGGUAUUUCGGGUUCUCUAGGUGUUAAGGACGCUUUACGAUGCGAGCGUGUUCGGGUUUCGGGCAUCUCGAGAGUGAAACUUGGGAGCUACGCUAAUUCGUACCAUGUUACUUUGGCUCCCUCCGUUUCGAUCCCCGAGAAGUUGCAUAGCAAAAUUCAGGUUUGCUUCCACAGGAAUGAAACAGUUGGAUGGUGUCAGUGUGAGAAAGAUGAGUGGAGGGGGGUGCAGAAGGGGGUCUGGAAUGCUGUUAUGUCACCUUAUGAAACGAGAUAUGUUGAUGUGAGGAUCAAUGGAGAAAUAUCGGGUUCUGUUACAGUUGCUAUUGAAGAAGAUUUUCAGCAAUGGCGCCUUGUUUGUCUUGCAGUAGGAUUGAUACUGUUGUUGUUGGCUCCAACUGUUAGCAGAUGGGUUCCGUUUUAUUAUAGCACUUCAAUGGCUAUAGGGAUCUUUCUUGUCAUUAUAAUCCUUCUUUUUCAGGGCAUGAAAUUAAUGCCAACUGGAAGAAAAAAUAUCUUCUACCUUACCAUAUAUGGUUCAGUGGUUGGAGCUGGGUCAUUCCUUUUGCACCAAUUUUCUUUGAUCUUAAAUUCAAUUUUUCAGAGUCUUGGGAUGAGUGAAGAGAUGCACAAUCCAGUUGCUGUUUUUGUAAUACUGGGCAUCAUCUUGGCUGGAGCUGCUUUAGGCUACUUGAUCGUUAGGAGGUUUGUUAUUUCAAAAGAAGAUGGUAGUGUGGAUGCUGGGGUUGCUCAGUUUGUGAAAUGGGCUAUGCGCAUUAUUGGAUCCACUUUCAUUUUGCAGAGCACUCUUGAUCCUCUUCUAGCAAUUGGAGCUUUGAUCUCUUGUGGAGCUGCUUGCAAACUUAUUUCUGCCAUAAAAUGGCUUUGUGGAUGGUAUGAAACUUCAAAUGACGACUAUUCGCUGCAAUGGAUGAGAGGAAGACGCGGUCGUGCGGAAUUCCUUAGCAAGUCAACCCCUAAAGGGAAACAUUGGAGUAGCCCUAAAGGAAAAUUGUGGAAUAGCCCUAGAAGAUCAGCAUGGUCUGACUCUCCUGUCAGAGGUGUUGUAUCACCAUCUUCCGGGAUUUCGUCACAAUCUUCAGGGACUCAAGCAGGGCAGAAUUAUUAUUCAACUUUCCACAAGACCCGGAACAGAAAGAAGUUCACAAAGCAAGAGUGGGAUGAGUUCACAAGAGAAUCCACUAAGCAGGCUCUAGCAGAAUGGGCAGCUUCUCCAGAAUUCACUGAUUGGAUCGUUGAGCAUGCAGACCGGAUACAAGUCCUUCCAAGCGAGAGUUCGGAUGAGACAAUGGGAAGUGAAUCGGAUUCCACAGAUCGAGGAAGUGGAAGAGGAUUUCGGCUUUUUAAUUGGCAGUGACUUGAGUAUAAAUUAGAAUGUACUAACAAGCGGAAAUAGUGAGUUAGGGAGCAAUGGCAAUAGUGUUUUAGCCUUUUAGGUAGGAAUUUAGGUUUGCUUGCUGUAGCCAACUCUGUAGAUAGUUUUAUUAGUUUGCCUGGAUUUUCCAAACUGCAAAGCCUGGGCAAUCUUACGAAAUUUAUUGUUAUUGGUUAGUUAAUUUUUUGCCAUGUUUUUGUUGCUCGUGUUAUUUUUAGUUUGUAGUAGUGUGUAAUUCUUCUUGCACUGUAAAAUCUUUAUCAGUUGGAUUUCAAUUGCUUUUA